AUGGAAGAAAUUAAAGUGGUUCUUGAGAAACGUGAUGCAAUGGAGCUGUUCAAUGGUUUAGGCCAAGCCGUUGGUGGAAGAGUUGAUAUGUGUUGUGCUGUAGCAUUCAAACAUAUAGGGUCGAAAAAACAUUCGAGUGUUGCAGCACUGAGAGAAGUGUAUGGCAUACAGCCGACUCGCAUUCCAGGAACAACGAAUAUUGGUGGUGGUUGA